CUUCUCUACAGUAGCUUGCUGCCACUUAAUUUUUCAACUUUUUGGUUCCGUGGCUGAUUCUGCGAAUGACAGAUCCAAAGACAUCGGCCAUUUCUCGCGCAACUUUGAGCGAUGGCACCACAGUCCAAGUCAAUGAUCAUGUCUACCUUGCGCCAGAGCAUCUGGGCGAGCCGUUCUAUAUCGGCCGCAUCAUGGAGUUUACCAAUUCCCCAAAGCGAAGAGGCUUGCAAGCGCGGAUUGCGUGGUAUAACCGACCUAAGGAUGUUGUCAACCGCAAAGUGUAUGAUCCUUGUCUAUUGAUCGCAACUAUGCACUCAGACCUCAAUCCUGUAUCGUCUAUCCGUGGCAAGUGCCGUGUUGUUCAUAAGGAUUACAUUGACAAAUCUGAGCUUGAGAAGUACCGAACUCAACCUGACAGCUUUUAUUACAACCAACUGUACGAUCGAUAUAUCCAACGAGUGUAUGACGUUGUCCCUUGUGAAUCUGUGCAGAAUGUACCAAAGGAUAUCCAAGAUGCGUUGAUGGACCACUAUCAGUUUAUUGUGGUUGAGCAAGGCAAAGCUGCAGAACUUACGGACACAAGAAGAGUAUGCUGUGUCUGCCAUGGGUGGUGCGCUAGUGCCGACUCAGUCAAAUGCUCAUCAUGCCAGAACAAUUAUCACAUGACAUGCGUCAAUCCACCUCUGGCGCGGAAACCAUCCAAGGGCUUUGCUUGGCAGUGCGCUGUCUGUUUCAAAAAAGACCCCAAAAACUCCUCUUUACCAAGUCCAAUGUUACACAAAGACAGAGAGAGGCGAUCAACUUCACCUGCCGCUGCGAGCUCACGGAGUCCAGCCAAUUCCGAUAUGGCCGAUAGCACCUCUUCGCAGCCACCGAAGACCACAGCAAUGAACAAACUUCGGCCAAUACAAACCCGAACGACUCGUUCACAGACCGAAAGCAGGACAGGUACGCCAAGUGGGCCCACCAGCCCCAUCACAGCCGGUCAUAAACAAACGGCUGUCAAUGGUAUCAAAAGUGGAGGAAUUUCCUCAAAAAUGAUCAUAUCAUCGGGCAGACGCAGAGAUCCACACAAAAUCCACACUACUCACAUGUGGCCGUUUCGGUACUUUGGUAUACAUACCAAUGUGAAGGAUAUAUUGGACGCCGAUGAUCGCAUCUAUCCACGAGCACGUAGCCGAAUAGGACCAAAAUACCAAGCUACUGUUGCGGAAUGGGAUCCAGAAACAGAAAGCGAGGUAUUCGACGCAGCCCAAAGUCGAGCUCACAUCGAAGAUACUCCAAUGCCUCGAGUUACGAGCAAUCGAGGUGGUCGUGGGCGGCGAAGGCGUGGCCGCAUAAGUGAUCGAAAGGAUCCAAGCGGGAGUCCAAACUCACAAGGCUCAGACAUAAAACUUGAGCUUCCUGACAAACCAGACGAUUUUGAACAGACAGAAACAGCCGUUUCCCGGGGUGGAUCGGAUACUGUUAUCCCAUAUUUUGUUCGUCCAACUUCAUUUACUGAUGAGCAAGUGGACAAUUACAUGGAAGACGUAUGUGCACUACCAGAUCUACCCUUACCGAGUUACUCUUCAGACCUAUUGGAUCGAGCCAUACUUGAAUUGCAACAAAGCGACUUUGAUGCUGAUAAGGCAAUCGAUGCCGUUAAGCAUCUUACACGAGACGAUUUUGAUUUCCUGGAGGAGUGGACACCUGAAGACAUUGCAGCGUUUGAAGAUGGUAUUCGGUCUUUCGGUCAUGAGCUUCACAGCGUUUCCAGCAAAGUUCCGAAACGGAGUAUGGCACAAAUUGUACGCUUCUUCUAUAAAUGGAAGAAGACGGAUAGAUAUGAGCCGGUGUAUUCUGAGUGGACCAAGAUAUAUAAACCAAACAAAAAGUUCAGGAGGCGUGGCUUAUCAGUACCUGAAAUCACUUCUGCCGACGCUUCUUCUACUGAGCUUUCUGAUUCGGACUCAGAUGACAAUGAAGAAGGAAAGGAAGAUCCUACUAUAGUGUCAUCGAAAAGCUCUAUUGGGCAUGAAUGCAUGAAUUGUGGUACUGAUGAAUCGGUGAUAUGGAGGCGUGCUCCAGGUGAUACCGAUAAACGAAGGAAAAUGCACCGUUACGUCCUGUGUGAUGACUGUGGCAUCUACUGGUUGAAAUAUGGCACAAUGAAGCAAAUCAUUGACGCGUCGAUCGUUCGUCGUGGAAGGGGCCGGCCAGCUAACUUCGUUGAUCCAGCAGCAACAAAGACGUUAGGGAAGCGAAAACGUAUGAUGGAAACACCAAGUAGUAGGAAGACAUGGGGUGAUGGUAGAAAGAGAGUCAGAACUCCUACGCCGCCACCGCCAUCGGCUUGCAGUGUUUGUAAUGUUAUGCCCCCGGAUGACAAACUUUUGACCUGUAAGGAAUGUGGCAUUUCUGUUCAUUCAGAUUGUUAUGGCAGCAAUAUACCUGCAAAUCCAGCCAAAUGGUCAUGCGAUACUUGUGUUAAUACAAAGACGCCUACCGUGUCGACUACGUAUAAGUGCGUUCUGUGUAGUGAACCCACCACUGUUCAACGGCAAGCACUUAAAAAGACAUCUGGCUACAACUGGGCUCACGUUAUAUGCACAACUUUCAUUCCUGAGGUCAAGUUUGCGUCAACAGCACUCUUGUCGCCUGUAGAAUGUAUUGAUCGGAUACACAGUAAUGAAUGGCGACAAACCUGUACUAUCUGUCAAGUUCACAAAGGCGCUUGCGUUGCGUGCUCUGAAUGUCGCAAGCCCGUUCACGUUCGCUGUGCUCAAAACGCUGAUUUCACCCUAGGGUUUGAAAUGGUUCCUGUCAAAUCAGAGUCACAUCAACAGAAAACCAUACCUGCAGGCACAUUUAAGGAUUCACAUCUGCAUGGACAAAUGGUACCUUCUAUAUGGUGUAAAGAGCACGAUGUAUCAAGAAGAAAGAUUGUUCAUCUCACUGACCGUGAUGUCAAUGACAAGGCUGCUAUAAUGGUAUACGCUGAGGUUUACAAGAAGUGUGAAGCAACCUCAACUGGAGCUAUGCGAAAAUCCAGUCUCAUAUCGUCUGCGAAUAGUAUAGUCGACGGCACCAAUUCAUUACGACUAUUUGGCCAGGAUGCUGUAGAUGGGUCAGAAUCACCCACAACCAAUUCCUUCCGCGUGGUGCUGCGCACGGCGAACGGUCAGAAACCUGCAUCACAAUGGCCACCUCCUACCGAAGCGCCAAAGCAUACUUGUAGCAAGUGUGGUGUCAGUAGUUCGCCGAUUUGGUGGAGUAUUCACGAUAAAACCUCUCUUGUUGGUUUUGGUUGGUUUCAUCUUCGAUGACUUCUAAUCACUAGGGGAUCUGGUCCCAAAAAAGUUCUUCACUUGCGUUUUACAGUAUAUUAUACUGUUUAUUAACGAGCAUUUCACUUGUUUGAUACAUGGU